UGCGCCGCUCCCCCUCCCUCCCAGCUGCCAGGACAGUGUCCCCCCCCUAAUGUAAGAUGGUGGCCGUCUGGUGGUGAGGAGGAUCCGCAGGCCCCGCUUCUCUCUCCCACUCUCUCCGAGCUCCCACUGACUGUCAGAGAGGAGGAGGAGCUGCCGGUCCGCCCCCCACCGCCCGCCAUUAGCAGAAGCAGCAGCACACUCAGCGGCCAGGCCGGCGCAGGAGGCGGUGCGAGGAGGAUUGCUGCAUCACACGGAUUUUAAUUUCAGUAAAUUAUUCUAAGCGUGGAACACAUAUAUAUAUAUUUUUUGGGGUUUUUGUUUUUUUUCUACUGUGUUUUUGGGAUCCCAUAAAGAUGUCCCGCAGCCCCGAUAUGAAGGAAGACCCUGUGGAAUGCCCCCUUUGCAUGGAGCCUUUGGAAAUCGAUGACAUAAACUUUUUCCCUUGCACAUGUGGAUAUCAGAUUUGCCGCUUCUGUUGGCACCGUAUACGCACAGACGAGAACGGGUUGUGUCCCGCAUGCAGAAAGCCAUAUCCAGAAGACCCAGCCGUAUACAAACCUCUCUCCCAGGAAGAGCUACAGAGGAUAAAGAAUGAAAAGAAACAGAAACAGAACGAGCGCAAACAGAAAAUAUCAGAAAACCGGAAACAUUUGGCCAGCGUGCGCGUUGUCCAGAAAAAUCUAGUCUUUGUAGUGGGCCUUUCACAACGCCUCGCAGACCCAGAGGUUUUAAAACGGCCAGAAUAUUUUGGGAAAUUUGGUAAAAUACAUAAAGUUGUUAUCAACAACAGCACAUCCUAUGCAGGCUCACAGGGUCCAAGUGCAAGUGCUUAUGUAACAUAUAUACGGUCAGAAGAUGCACUUCGAGCUAUACAGUGUGUCAACAAUGUGGUAGUAGACGGAAGAACGCUUAAGGCAUCUUUAGGUACUACAAAAUACUGCAGUUAUUUCUUAAAAAAUAUGCAGUGUCCAAAGCCAGACUGUAUGUAUUUACACGAAUUGGGGGACGAAGCAGCCAGUUUCACAAAAGAAGAAAUGCAGGCGGGCAAACAUCAGGAAUAUGAACAGAAGUUGCUUCAGGAACUCUACAAACUAAACCCCAACUUUUUACAGUUGUCUACGGGUACAGUUGACAAGAACAAAAACAAAGUAACACCCCUACAGAGGUACGAUGUGCUGUUUUGGGAUACCGCUGAGCAUAAUGUUACCAAAUUUGGCAGGGUCUUAGAGGACGAGACAAGUUCUGUCGACAAAUCAACAGAGUCAUUGAGUAUAGGCAACGGUGACAACUUACAGCAGAUAUUAACAAGUGACACCCCGUCACCUCCGCCAGGUUUAUCCAAACCCAACCCAGUCGUCCCAAUCAAUUCAGCCAAUCACAGUGCACGGUCUCCCUUUGAAGAUGCCAUGACAGAAUCCCAGUCUCUGUUUUCGGACAACUUCCGGCACCCCAACCCCAUCCCCAGUGGUCUCCCUCCAUUUCCCAGCUCCCCACAGACGUCAAGCGAAUGGCCAACGGCUCCAGAGCCCCAAAGUCUCUUCACAUCAGAAACAAUCCCGGUUUCCUCAUCCACAGACUGGCAAGCGGCGUUUGGGUUCGGUUCUUCUAAACAGCAAGAGGAUGAUUUAGGUUUCGAUCCUUUUGAUAUCACCCGCAAAGCCUUAGCAGACUUGAUCGAGAAAGAACUGUCUGUCCAAGAGCAGCCUGCACUGUCCCCCACAUCCCUACAGAACCCUUCUCACCACACUACUGCCAAAGGGCCCGGCUCCGGCUACCUCCACCCCAUCACAGUCUCCAACGCCAACUCUAUCUCUAGCACCUACCCCGUCUUGCCACAGCGGUUCCCACCCUUUCAGCACAGAGCAGUUUAUAACUCCUACAGUUUCCCGGGCCAGGCCACGCGGUAUCCCUGGAUGGCCUUUCCACGUAACAACAUCAUGCACUUGAACCACACGGCAAACCCGACCUCAAACAGUAAUUUCAUGGACUUGAGCCACCCUUCUCAACACAGCACAGGCCUGGGAGGGAUUCCCAUUUCAGACCACAGCAAUUCAAUAGAGAGUAUAAAUAUGAAGGAAUGGCAGGACGGUCUAAGGGCACUUCUGCCCAACAUAAACAUCAACUUUGGUGGGUUGCAAAAUGCUUCUUCCCCUUCCAACAUCACCCACAGUGCACCAACGUCCAACACUGCCACAUCCAACAGCCUGAACUGGGACUGCCCGAGCAGCUGGAUGGAUCCCGCCAUAAUCACAGGCAUCCCGUCAUCCACAGGAAACGGUAUAGAACUUCUGCCAGAUGACAAUCCGCCACACUGGUUAAAAUCACUUCAAGCCCUGACAGAGAUGGACGGCCCCAGCAGUUCAAUACCUCCCCACCACCCUCACAAUAAUCUCUUCAGCACACAGAUACCCCUACACAGACCAAAUUGGAGCCCUUAUCCACCCCCAUCAAACCCCGCCAGUUACCACUCCCCACCCCCAGGCUUUCAGACGGCCUUCAGACCCCCUACCAAAACACCUACAGAUCUACUACAGAGCUCAGCCCUGGACCGUCAUUAAAAAUAAAUGAAUAAGAGACAGCUACAAAUUUGGGAUUACUUUCCCCCCAACCCAAUUUCAGUCCAAAUCAAAUCCUCAGUGUUUUCCCUCUCAUCCAGUCCUCCCAACAGUUUUUGCGGGGAUUCUCAAGACUCUUGAGGCGAUUCCACUAACCCUUCCCUGCCACGUUUAAAUUGAAAUCCGGUGUCUACGUUUUCCGCCAUUGUUGCAAUGCUUAAAGGUCAUUUUGAAGAGGUGACUAGCAGAUUACCAUCCAAAAGCACCAACGAGUUUCCUGAACGAUUACAGAGAGACGAAAGAAAAUAAAUGAAAAAUUAAAUCAAUUGUACGAAAAUUCUCAAUACCUGAAAUCACUGGUCUGCUGCAUGAUCUGUUUUGUUUCGGGUUUUUUUUUUCCAGCUUAUUAUGUGAUUUAACAGCUCUGAGAUCUAGCUAGUACCAGGAACUAAUCAUAAAAUACUCUAGGGACGAAAAAUAGAGGCCUGUCAUGAUCAGUAACUAAGGAGAAUGUAUUAACGUUAAGGAAGAGCAUAGUAAAAAUUUUCAUUGCCUUCUUUUUUUUUUUUUUGGUGGGGUUUUUUUGUAAUUAUUUCAGUGGUUUGUGCUGGCAAAAAUGUGCCAUUUCAUACUUUAUUUUCUUCAGGACCAAAGGGGCUUCGUUGUCAAAUAUAUAUAGAAUAUUUUUUUUUUGUCUUUAACCCUCUGGCAUUGAAGGGGUCAAGUUGAAAUGGGAUUUGGCGAGUCUUUUGUCGCCAUUUUUUUUUUUUAUUUGUUAAACACAAUGUUUGCCAUGUAUAAUGGUGCUUUUUCCAGAUGCUGAGCAGCAAGCCGUGAAAUCCGGGAACGUUGCGAAUUAGAAGACGUGAAACGUCCAACUUGGAAAUGACCCACUGCUUUUUGAUAAAUAAUGGGAAUUCUAUCGUUAGCAAUUCAAACCUGAUCAUUUUGGCUUUUUUUUGUUGCUGUCUGAAGAUCCGUGACAGUGUUGGUGUAUUUUAUUCAUGCCGUCGAGUCAUCAUUGGUCACCUUUCAAAACCACACAGUAUACCGUAAGGUUCGGUAAUGGAUAUGCUACUUAACCAGACAUCUGGUUCUUUUGGAAAUUGGGCAACCUUUGCACUAACAUGAAAUAUAUAUUGCAAAAAAUCGAUUUUUGUUUUUCCUGAUUAUGAGCCCAACAGCUUUUAAUAUCAAGGCAACUUUUUUCAGGUCCCUGGCGGAAGUACGACUCGUCACCUGAUUUCUAAAAAAACCUAACCUUCUAGUUUCUGGAAUUAUUCUGCAGUAUUGACCAGAUUAGGGAGAGGAGAAGCCUGUAAGAGGGGGAAAUAUGAUGAAUUACACAUGGUUAUAACCUGACGCUAAAACUAAACCAAGAAAAAAAUGUACCUCUGUCUUCAGAAUUAAAACUAAAAUCUUAAAUAAAACAGAAAACUUGAUGAUA